CGAAGGUAUCACACAUUUUGCAAAUCAAGUUCUAAAUCAAUAGUUAGAUUUUUCGAAAACAUCUUAGGUCAUCUUCAUGAUGCAUCAAAAAGUUGUUCAACAAACUUUAUUGAUGCUAUAUUUCCUUUGAGUUAUAAUGGAGUAGAAGGAGAGAAAAAUUUGUCCAAAUCAGAAGGUAUGGAGUUCGAAAUACAACUAAAAUUCUUGAACAAACCAGCAGUCAAAACUAUUAAGACUAAGUAUGGAGAUGUCUAUGAUUGUAUAGAUUUCUAUAAACAAUCUGCAUUUGAUUACCCAUUGCUAAAGGAUCAUAAUUUUCAUCCUAAGGCAUAUCUCUACUCUCUUUCCAUUUUACCUUCAUUUUGUUCAAGUGACUCAACAACUAGCAUGUCAUCAACAAUAUGGUCGAAAGAUGGAGGUUGUCCUUCUGGAACUGUUCCUAAUAAGAGAAUUACAAAAGAUGACCUUUUAAGACAAAGACAUCUGCCGCCACCAGAAAAUGUCACAUUCGAUUUCGUAAGAUAGUUUAUGAGCAAUUUACUUCUACUUGAAUAGUUGAUAUUGUGGCAAAACUCAUAUGUUGCAAUACAUCUAAAGCAGAGCAACAACACUAGUGAGUCAAAAGGAGGAUACAUAUCUUCACAAGGAUAUAAGGACCUAGCCAAUGGAAAUUGGUGGCUUUUAAUGUCAACGAACCUUGUAGAAGUUGGUUUUUGGCCACAAAGAAUCUUCACUGGCUUGCAAAGCUUGGUUACAAAUGUUGAAUGGGAAGGAGUGGUGUAUAGUCCACCAGGUGUGCGUGAACCUCCAAUCGGAUCAAGUUUUUUUCCAACCAGAAACAAAUUGUAAAAGUAUUACAAUUCUAAACAAGGAAGGACAAGCGAAGGAAGUAGAUAGAGUGCCCAUAUAUGUCGAUAAUCCUAACUUGUACAAGGUUUUAUAUGAACGACUUUCGGGUGAUAAAAGAGUCUUAUUUAUUUGUUCUUUAUGGGGGCCCUGGUGAAAGUGCACAAGCCUAAGUCUUGUUAAUUACUAUUGUUGAUGAUACUUCUUCUCAAUGUCUAAAGAAAAAUUAGAAAUUCUUGUUGAA